GAGCAUAAUGACAGCUGAACAUGGCCGACAACGCAGAAAUCCGGAUUUUCUGAUUUUCGGGCAUCAAUAUCGUGACAUUUCAUAUGGAUGCAUGAUGUUGACGUUUUACCUCACGGACUUCCAGACUGAGUUGCCAGAUUUGCAAGCGGACAUUUAAUGUUUGUUAGUCUUUUUUGCGAUUGCAAUUAAAAUUUAUAAACUUCUGAAAUUGUAGCAAUCAUAAAUGAAAGCUUUUGGUUUGGAAAACUGAUAUAGUAAUUUACAUUUAAUGCGACAUGCCGGAGUACCACUCAGUGUCGCAUUGGAGGCGAUUUGACCUGUAAUUGGACAUUGAAGAUGAGAGUGGUACAGCGUCGACGUCUGGCGGCGAAUGUCAAUGUGGGGCCAUAAUUUGGGCCCGAAUUCGAUGUUUACAAAAAUGUCUAACUAAACGUGUCGUAUAUAGGUCUGUCCAAUUAGAAAAAUGUCGCAUUAAAUGUAAAUUACUGUACCUAAAAUAGCAAAAUACAGUACUUUUCGCAAUACAAACCAAAACCUCAAAGUAACUGACAAUGUGAUGGUGAGAGAGUGAAUGAAAAUUAACAACGUCUUAGGAAUGUUUAAAACAUUGAACUCGGUCAUUCUUUGCGCUAGCGAGCGGGGCAGCCACUUUAGUCUAAGUUGUGUGUUUCUUCACACUCCGCUAUAAAAUUUGGAGAAUGAGAAGAUCUGGGAAAAUCACAGGUGAAAAAACAUCACGUGUUAAUUCAAGUUACAGUAGAAUCCCGAUUAUCCGUGAAUAGUCGGGAUGAUUUUUAAACAUAGAAACUAUGUUUUAUCAAUACAGAAAUAGAUACAGAUACAGAUAAUCGGGGUUCUACUGUCAUAGUCUUAUUUAUCGAAUAAAAACAUUUGCUUGCAGAUAAUAUAAUUUGCAUAUAUUUUCACAAUCUAAAAUAAUUUGGCAUCCCUGAAACUGAAAGGAUCAGUCUGUAUUUGUGAAGCGAGUAUUAUGGUGUGUUUUUGAGAAGGAAAAACGAGUUUUAAAGUGUAAAUUAUGAAUGAAAAUUAACUUUUCCAAAUCAAAUUAGUAUUCUAUGUGAAUGCAAAUCACUUUUUUUCUGCAAGUGAGACUCCACAGUUCCUCCCCUGCAGUGGAAAAUUAUUAUUUCGUGUUGCCGAUCCACCAUGAAAACAAAUUCUACAAGCAAUGCAACCGCCAGCUGAAUUUGGAAUGGAAAUCAAGAAGAAACUUUGAGCUGAAAAUACUAGAGAUUACAAAUCCGAUCCCUUCAUACAUUAUUCUUGAGAGUGGAGAAUCCGAAAGAGUGAAAGUAAUAGCUUAUUGCUCGUUGUCCAAAAUUCCUUCAUGUGCUAGAAGAUGUUUGCUUGAGGUGAUUGUGAGAGACGACCACUGCUUUUAUCUUAACAUUGAAAAUAUAUUUAUUUGCACAAGAGAUCUGUGUGUAUUAGCCACUAAGUUUAGAUAUACUUUCUAUAGCUCUUGUUUCGACUUUAUUUCUUGCAAUGAUAGUUCUUAUGAAACUGAGAUAGAUUAUAUGAGGGAUAAAAGAGAGCCUGAGAUAGCUAAAAAAUUUAUAGUCACGAGAAAUCCAAGAGAGUGGAUAGCAAAGGAACAGGAUAAAAUAAAUGAGGAUUUAUUCUACCAACGACAAAAUUACUAUUACUACUACUAUUAUAAUGAAGACGAAGAUGACGACACUUACUACAGAUACAGUGAAGUUAAAACCUACAAAAAAUAUGACGGACCACCACCACCCACGUCAAAGGAACCAUACAUAAUAGCACCUAUUCAGCAUCAUCCGGAGCUAAAAGAACAAUGCGUUCGUUUGAUCAAUUCUGAGUGGCCCCGUUCACGGAUGGCCAGAUUUUGGAGUUUCGAAACAUCAACGGACACUUUGCCAGUUACACUAGUGUUGGCGCAAAUGAUUGAUGGUGUGAAUACCGUGUUGGGACAUGCUAAAUUAUCACCUGUUCCUGCCGAUAUAGAUGCAGCUUAUUUAGAGUCCGUCGUUAUUGAGCAUCGCUAUCGGGGCCGCGGGAUUGGAACAAUUUUGGUUACUGAAGUAGAGCAAUACUGCAAAAACGUACUGAAUAUCAAUAAUGUAUAUCUGGCAACGGAUGGACAGGAAGUGUUCUAUGCGAAACUCGGUUAUAUAUUUUGCAAAGCAAUAAAUCUAUUUGGAGCACAUACCAAACGAAAUACAACGAGCAAAAAACAUUGGAUGAAGAAAGUUAUCUCUGAUUGGGAAGUAGAAGCAACUGAAGACACAACUAUAGAUGAAAACAUCACUGACCAAUCAUCUACCAACCAUGUUAACAAGUGUGAGAAAAGGAAAAAUACGGAGAGUAUUAGUGAUCUUAUUCGCAACAUACGAAACAUUGUUUAUAGCCGUUCCAUAAAAGACGAUUCCUUCAAUGAUUUAUUAUUAAAAAUGCACUCGAUUGGUAUUUAAAACUAAAACUUAAAAUAUUGGGGUAAAUGAUCUUGGUUUGUCCGAUUAGGUUUUACACGCAAUUAGUAAAUGCAAAUCGAUUUUUCUUCAUGAAGAUCACAUAUAAUCAAUACGAGUUUGGGUUUGUUGGCAAGCCUCAUGUCUCUAGUUGCUAAUACUACCAUAAGGCGUUGAAAUUAUUCAAAUUUUCAUGUUUUAAAACAAUUUUCUUCAAAGAGAAAUUAUGAUCUUGGUUUGUUCACCUCUGAUCAUGGUUUGUCCGGUUUUAGAAAUCAUCAUUUCUUAAUGAAUAAAAUCGAAUUUUCAAAUAGAUGUUGCAUUUCUAAUUGUUUUAGUUUGCUGUCAACAUAUUGAUCCAUUCAUAAUUUAGGCUUUCUUCAGAAUAUCAGAAUAUUGCCUUUUCAUGGACAUUUUGAAAGUGUUCACCUCAAAACACUCAACAGAGAAAAACUUUAUUUCUGUUAUGCGCGAAGGACACCGUAAACAAACUGCAUCGCCCCAAGCGGUUGCCAUGGAAAUCAUGUUGACAAAACAACAUUAGUGAAUCGGACAACUCAUGAUCAGAAUUGAGAUCAUCGAAAUGCGUUAAUUACAAGGUUUAGCUACAGUCAAUCGCAAAAUAAAGUACACACCCUGUGCUGGUUUGUUAUUUUUGAGUUUUUUCUGGUUUAAAAAGUAAAUAAUCAAAAGCGACUCAUAUUCAUCGUAAAAAUAAUGCUUUUCACUCUCAUGUAGUGAUGAGGAAAAAAAAGUA